CCACACCCCGAGCAGUAUUCUUUUGUCUAGCGUGCGUGCGUGAUCCACUAUAAAUCUGGUGUACUCUAGACCGGUUUCUGACAAAGGUGCAAGGAAGCACUGCACUGGCAGUUCCCGGCUAGCUCCAGUGGUGCUCCGAGCGCGGCCUGAUGCUGCCAUCCAGGCCGAGGUGGGCUGCCGGAUCGCUAGACAGCGCUGCAUUUCAGAUCCGGGUCGUGGGGCGCUGGGCCGAGGACUCCUCCGGCUUCCAGUUCCAAAGCCACGCCUCCGCACGAGCGCAGCACGUCCUUGCUACCAGCACCACCACGUACUCCAUGCAAUCUUCUGAGCGUGCCAGCAGCAGUGGCGACAUGACGGAGCAGAUAGUGGCAGCGCAACUGGAGAAGGAAGACGCACUCCAACUCCAGGACCUCAUGGAGCCGCGGAGCGACGGCGCCACGCCAACGUCGCCGGCGUCGGCGCGGGUGUGGCUUCUGGAGCGAGAGGUGGCCACGGCGAAGCAGACCGAGACCAAGAUGCUGGAGUCGCUGAUCAGCCAGACCAAGGAGCUGGAGCAGGCCAAGAUGGCGCUCGAGGAGGCCAAGCUCGAGACCGCCACGCUGCGGCAGGCGGGGUCAGCGCAGCAGGGCCAGUGGAGCGUCAGGGACCUCAUGUUCGGCGGCGUCGACGAGGAGAUCAACGGGCUGCGGGCCAGGCUGCGGUCCGCGCUGGCCGCCGAGGAGAGGACCCGGAAGGCCGCCGACGACCUCGCCGCCGCGCUCUCCGCCGUCACCAUGGAGGCCAAGCAGGUGAAGACGUGGCUCUCCGACGCGCAGGCCGACCUCGAGCGCGCCAACGCCGAGGCCGGCCGGCUCGAGGGCCUGCUGCGCGCCAACGAGGCGGACCUGUGGUCGGCCACCGAGCAGCUCGACGGCGUCAUGUCGGACUGGAAGGAGGCCGCGGCCGCUUGGCGCGCCAGGGAGAAGGCGCUGCUCGCACGCGCCCGCGCGGCCGAGGAGGACGCCGCCGCCGCCCGGCGUGAGAACGCCGAGCUCGCCGAGAUGCACCGGGCGGUCGACCACGACAACGACGGCCUGCGGCGCGCGCUCGAGCGGGCGGCGGAGGAGGCCAACGCGGCCAGCGAGUCGCUCGAGUUCGCCAGCGGCGAGAACUCCAAGCUGCGCGACGCCGUCGCCGGGAAAGAGGACGCCAUGGAGUCCCUGAGGCUGGAGAACGAGUCGCUCAAGGCCAGCGAGGCUGCCGCGCAGGGGCGUGCCACGGAUCUGCAGAAUCAGCUCACAGAGGCAACCAAGACGGCCGAUGGUGGCGCCGGCAGUGGGGAGAAGGCAUGCGCUGCGGGGCUGCUGUUGGAGGAGUGGAAGACCGAUGCGCAUGGGAAGCUUAGCGCGGCGGCGUUCCUGGACUCCGGCAGGGUGAUGGCCGCCGCGAGCCGGAAGGAUCGUCGGAUGUUCGCGUCCAUCAGCAACCUCGCGGAGCUAAGGUCCGCCGCGGCGGCGGCGGCCAUGGACGAUUACUACGAGUUCGACCACUUCGAUGACGGGAGACAGUACGGUGGCCUGGAGCAUGCCAUGAAGCAGAGGAAGAGGAGGUCCGUUCUACGCAAAUUCGGAGACUUUUUUAGGAGAAGAAGCCUCCACAAGUCAGACUUUGGCCCAGUUCUAGCUAGGUAGAUAUCUGCCUGAUGCCUGCAUCGCAUCGUGUGUUUGCUUGAUACCCCUACCAUGAAAUACACGCAUAAUAAAUAAAUACUACUCCCUCCCUUUCACAAAUAUAAAAUGUCCUAUCCUUUUUGAAUAGGAUAUAUAUAUAGUUUAGUGUAUUUGUUCACUCGUUUCAUUCAGUAUGUAGUCCAUAUAUAUUAAGAUAUUAAAAACAUGU